CCUGUUUGUCCGCCGCUGCACGUGGCCGGGAGGGGCGCGGGCGGCUCGGCCAGGGCCGGGCCCCUAUAUAAGGCGUCGAGGCCGCUACUCGGGUGCACAGGUGCAGCAAGUCUGCCUGGUGUCAGUGGCAGGAGGGGCCGGGUCCUGCGGUGACCGCUUCUCCACGCACCAUGCUGGGGCCUCGGCUGCUGCUGCUGCUGUCCUGCGGGGGAGCCCUGCUGGGCGCCGGUCUAGACGACACCUCCUUUGCCCACCCAGGACCCCAGGGGCUGAAGGACUCCCCACAGCCAGCGCCCGGCAGGGGCUGGUGCUCCACAUGGGGGACCGGCCACUUCUCCACCUUCGACGGCCACAUGUAUGACUUCGAGGGGACCUGCAACUACAUCUUUGCGGCCAUCUGCAAGGACGCCUCCUCUCCCACCUUCAGCGUCCAGCUGCGGCGAGGGCCCGGCGGGGACAUCUCCCGGGUCAUCGUGGAGCUGGGGGCCUCGGUGGUCACGGUGCAGCAGGGAGCCAUCUCCAUCAAGGAUGUGGGGGCCGUCAGCCUGCCCUACACCAGCAACGGGCUGCAGAUCACCCCCUUCGGCCAGAGCGUGCGGCUGGUGGCCAAGCAGCUGGAGCUGGAGCUGGUGGUGGUGUGGGGCCCCGGCGCCCACCUCAUGGUCCUGGUGGAGGACAGGCACAUGGGCAGGAUGUGCGGGCUCUGCGGGAACUUUGACGGCGAGAAGACCAAUGAGUUUCUGAGCGAGGAUGGCACGCGCCUGGAGCCCCACAAGUAUGCCGCCCUCCAGAAGCUGGACGACCCCAACGAGAUCUGCACCCACGAGGCCAUCCCCGGCCCCCGGGUCCUGCAGGCAGAGCAUGCCCGGACCUGCGCCCAGCUGCUGGCCCUGGUGGCCCCCGAGUGCAACGUGCCCAAGGAGCCCUUCGUGCAGAGCUGCCAAGCCGACGUGGCCGCGUGUGCCCGGCCGGGCCAGCAGAGCUGUGCCUGCGCCACGCUCUCCGAGUACUCGCGCCACUGCAGCCUCGCCGGCCAGCCUGUCAGCCGCUGGCGGAGGCCCGGCCUCUGCUCCCUGGGCCAGUGCCCGGCCAACCAGGUAUACCAGGAGUGCGGCGAGGCCUGCGUCAAGACCUGCUCCAACCCACAGCACAGCUGUGCCCGCUUCUGCACCUUCGGCUGCUUCUGCCCGGAAGGUAUGGUUCUCGACGACGUUUCCAAAAACCUCACCUGCGUGCCCAUCGCCCAGUGCCCCUGCACGCUCGGCGGCGUGGCCUAUGCCCCUGGGGAGGUCACAGCCGACGCCUGCCGCACCUGCCAGUGCACAAUGGGGCGCUGGAAGUGCGAGGAGCGGCCCUGCCCCCGGCGCUGCGCCCUGGAAGGCGGCUCCUUUGUGACGACGUUUGACGCCAGGCCCUACCGCUUCCACGGCACCUGCACCUACACCCUCCUCCAGAGCCCCCAGCUCCCCGACGGGGGCUCCCUCAUGGCCGCCUACGACAAGUCUGGGUACUCGCAUUCGGAGACCUCCCUGGUCGCCCUCAUCUACGUGUCCAGCCAGGACAAGAUCGUGAUUUCCCAGGAUGAGGUGGUCACCAACCACGGAGACACCAAGUGGCUGCCAUACAAGACCGGCAACAUCACGGUCUUCAAGCAGACGUCCACCCACCUGCAGAUGGCCACCACCUUCGGGCUCGAGCUGGUGGUGCAGCUGCAGCCCGUGCUCCAGGCCUACAUCACCGUCGGGCCUCAGUUCAGAGGCCAGACCCGAGGGCUCUGCGGCAACUUCAACGGGGACACGACGGAUGACUUCACGACCAGCAUGGGUGUCCCUGAGGGCACGGCCUCGCUCUUUGUGGACUCCUGGCGGGCAGGGAACUGCCCGGCCGCCCUGGAGCGGGAGACCGACCCCUGCUCCAUGAGCCAGCUCAACAAGGUGUGCGCGGAGACCCACUGUGCGGUGCUGGUGAACAAGGGCACGGUCUUCGAGAGGUGCCACGCCGUGGUGAACCCCAAGCCCUUCUACAGGAGGUGCGUGUACCAGGCCUGCAACUACGAGGAGACCUUCCCGCACAUCUGUGCCGCCCUGGGGGACUACGCCCACACCUGCGCCUCCAGGGGCAUCCUGCUCUGGGGCUGGAGAAGCAGCGUGGACAACUGCACCAUCCCCUGCACGGGCAACCAGACGUACAGCUAUGACAGCCGGGCCUGCGGCCGCACCUGCUUCUCACUGUCCGACCGUGCCGCCGAGUGCCACCCCAGCGCCGUGCCCGUGGAAGGCUGCAACUGCCCCGAGGGCACCUACCUGAACCACAAGGCCGAGUGCGUGCGCAAGGCCCAGUGCCCCUGCCUCUUGGACAACCACAAGCUCAUCCUGGCCGGCCAGUCCACUGUGGUCGAGGGCGUCAUCUGCUACUGUUCCAACGGGCGGCUGAGCUGCCCUGGGCGGCCGUCGAUGCUCCUGGCAUCCUGCUCCGCCCCCAAGACAUUCCAGUCCUGCAGCCAGUCCUCAAGGAACAAGUUUGGGGCGGCCUGUGCCCCCACGUGCCAGAUGCUGGCCACGGGCACCCCCUGCGUGCCCACCAAGUGCGAGCCCGGCUGCGUCUGUGCCGAGGGGCUCUACGAGAACGCCAGCGGGCAGUGCGUGCCCCCCGAGGAGUGCCCGUGCGAGUUUGCGGGGGUCUCCUACCCCCGGGGCGCCGAGCUCCACACUGACUGUAAGGCCUGCACCUGCUCGAGGGGGAAGUGGACAUGCCAGCAGAGCGCCCACUGUUCGUCCACCUGCACCCUCUAUGGGGAGGGCCACGUGGUCACCUUCGACGGGCAGCGCUUCGUGUUUGAGGGCAGCUGCGAGUACAUCCUGGCCACGGAUGGCUGCGGCACCAAUGACUCCCGGCCCACCUUCAAGAUCCUCACGGAGAACGUCGUGUGUGGGAAAUCGGGUGUCACCUGCUCCCGGGCCAUCAGGAUGUUCCUGGGGGGCUUGUCCAUCGUACUGGCGGACAGGAACUACACGGUCAGCGGGACAGACCCCCAGGUGCACUUCCGGGUCAGGGCUGGCUCCCUGCACCUGGUGUUGGACGUCACUAUCGGCAGCAGCUACAACCUGACCCUCAUCUGGAACAAGCACAUGACCGUCUCCAUCAAGAUCUCGCGAGCCUCACAGGACGCCCUGUGCGGCUUGUGCGGCAACUACAACGGGAACAUGAAGGACGACUUUGAGACACGCAGCAAGUACGUGGCGUCCAGCGAGCUGGAGUUUGUGAAUUCGUGGAAGGAGAGCCCGCUGUGCGGAGACGCCAGACUCGCGCUGGACCCCUGCAGCCUCAACGCCUUCCGCCGCGCCUGGGCCGAGCGCAAGUGCAGCAUCAUCAAUAGCCAGACCUUCGCCGCCUGCCACAGCCAGGUGUACCGCCUGCCCUACUACGAGGCCUGCGUGCGCGACACAUGUGGGUGCGACACGGGUGGGGACUGUGAGUGCCUGUGCGACGCUGUGGCCGCCUACGCCAAGGCCUGCCUGGACAAGGGCGUGUGCGUGGACUGGAGGGCCCCCGACUUCUGCCCCAUCUACUGCGACUUCUACAACUCCCACACGCGGGCGGGCGAUGGCCAGUACCAGCACACCCCAGAGACCAACUGCACCUGGCACUACCAGCCGUGCCUCUGCCCCCAGCAGCUGCAGAGCCUUCCAGACACCAACAUCGAAGGCUGCUACAACUGCUCCCAGGACGAGUACUUCGACCGGGACACGGGGACGUGCGUGCAGUGCAUGCUGCUGCCCACCACGCCACCGCCGCCCACCACAGGCUCGCCCUCCACAGAAGCCAGGCCCACCUCGGCCACCCCCAACAUCACAGCCACGCCCAGAACCACUGGGCCCCUCAGCUCCACGGCACCCUCACCAAGCCCCCACGCUACACCUGCAACCCCCACGGCCUUGGCCCCCGCCUCCACACAGACAGGGACAGCCCCGACCCCGCGGCCAGAACCCACAGUCUCCUCAGGAGAGUCACCUCAAACGACCUCCGCCAUCACCACACGAGCCACGUCAGGACCAGCCCCCACAGCCACCCCCAGGUCAACAGCCACGGGGCCUACUGUGACUCAGGCCACCACACAGCCCACCGCACCCCUGCUCAGCACAGCCACGCAAUCCACAGCUCGGUCCACAGUGCGCACCACAGCGACAUGGCCAACACCAACCAAACCAGAAACCACCACGGGGUCCCCCCAAGCACCUACGGGCCCACCCGCCACGGCUGCCCCCACACCAGGGCACUCAACCCACCACCGAACGGAAGGAACAACCACAAGAUCACCAGGGAGCACCACAGGCCAGGGCACAGCACACACGAGCCCAGGGACCAGGUCAACCACGGCCACACCCAACCCACCACACACUCCCUUCACUUCUCAUUCCCCCCACACUGGUUCCCUGUCCACCACCUCCCACAUUACAGGCACACUGCCCUCACCCUCCACGGUGCCGUGGACACCUACCACAAGAGGAACCACCCAAGCCCCUCACUCUGUCAGCACAGCCAAAACCUCCACCUCCCUGGUGUCACAACCCUCCGCACCUGCCCACUCUGGGACCACAUCUGCUCCACGCACCACCAUCUCCCCCAAGACCACCAGUAGAGGCACCGGGAGCCCGGGGACACACACCGCCACGGCCACACCCAACGGUCCACACACUCCCUUCACUACUCACUCCCCCCACACAGGUUCCCUGUCCACCACCUCCCACAUUACAGGUCCGCCCACAGGAACAUCAUUCCGGACCACCACCACCUUCCCAACCGCAUCUCUAUCCAAGACCACUCAAUCCACUCACGUUCCAAACUCUGCCACCUCCUCUGUCACUCCCACUUCUCACAGAGUGAUCACCCCAACACAACCAGAGACAGACUCUCCUUCCAUCUCUACUGCAAGGCCAACAGGCUCCUCUCCAUCAUCGACACACGUCCCUGCCACAGGCACACUGCCCUCACCCUCCACAGUGCCAUGGACACCUACCACAAGAGGAACCACCCAAGCCCCUCACUCUGUCAGCACAGCCAAAACUUCCACCUCCCUGGUGUCACACCCCUCCGCACCUGCCCACUCUGGCACCACAUCUGCUCCACGCACCACCAUCUCCCCCAAGACCACCAGUAGAGGCACCGGGAGCCCGGGGACACACACCGCCACGGCCACACCCAACGGUCCACACACUCCCUUCACUACUCACUCCCCCCACACAGGUUCCCUGUCCACCACCUCCCACAUUACAGGUCCGCCCACAGGAACAUCAUUCCGGACCACCACCACCUUCCCAACCGCAUCUCUAUCCAAGACCACUCAAUCCACUCACGUUCCAAACUCUGCCACCUCCUCUGUCACUCCCACUUCUCACAGAGUGAUCACCCCAACACAACCAGAGACCCACUCUCCUUCCAUCUCUACUGCAAGGCCAACAGGCUCCUCUCCAUCAUCGACACACGUCCCUGCCACAGGCACACUGCCCUCACCCUCCACUGUGCCAUGGACACCUACCACAAGAGGAACCACCCAAGCCCCUCACUCUAGUGAUCACCCCAACACAACCAGAGACCCACUCUCCUUCCAUCUCUACUGCAAGGCCAACAGGCUCCUCUCCAUCAUCGACACACGUCCCUGCCACAGGCACACUGCCCUCACCCUCCACUGUGCCAUGGACACCUACCACAAGAGGAACCACCCAAGCCCCUCACUCUGUCAGCACAGCCAAAACCUCCACCUCCCUGGUGUCACACCCCUCCGCACCUGCCCACUCUGGGACCACAUCUGCUCCACGCACCACCAUCUCCCCCAUGACCACCAGUCCGCCCACAGGAACAUCAUUCCGGACCACCACCACCUUCCCAACCGCAUCUCCAUCCAAGACCACUCAAUCCACUCACGUUCCAAACUCUGCCACCUCCUCUGUCACUCCCACUUCUCACAGAGUGAUCACCCCAACACAACCAGAGACCCACUCUCCUUCCAUCUCUACUGCAAGGCCAACAGGCUCCUCUCCAUCAUCGACACACGUCCCUGCCACAGGCACACUGCCCUCACCCUCCACUGUGCCAUGGACACCUACCACAAGAGGAACCACCCAAGCCCCUCACUCUGUCAGCACAGCCAAAACCUCCACCUCCCUGGUGUCACACCCCUCCGCACCUGCCCACUCUGGGACCACAUCUGCUCCACGCACCACCAUCUCCCCCAUGACCACCAGUCCGCCCACAGGAACAUCAUUCCGGACCACCACCACCUUCCCAACCGCAUCUCCAUCCAAGACCACUCAAUCCACUCACGUUCCAAACUCUGCCACCUCCUCUGUCACUCCCACUUCUCACAGAGUGAUCACCCCAACACAACCCGAGACCAUUUCUACUGCAAGGCCAACAGGCUCUUCUCCAUCAUCGACACACUUCCCUGCCACAGGAACACUGCCCUCACCUUCCACCCCGUCGGGGACUCCCAGCACAAGAGGAACCACCAAAGCCCCUCACUCUGUCAGUACAGCCAAAACCUCCACCUCCCUGGUGUCACACCCCUCCGCACCUGCCCACUCUGGGACCACAUCUGCUCCACGCACCACCAUCCUCCCCAAGACCACCAGUCCGCCCACAGGAACAUCAUUCCGGACCACCACCACCUUCCCAACCGCAUCUCCAUCCAAGACCACUCAAUCCACUCACAUUCCAAACUCUGCCACCUCCUCUGUCACUCCCACUUCUCACAGAGUGAUCACCCCAACACAACCAGAGACCCACUCUCCUUCCAUCUCUACUGCAAGGCCAACAGGCUCCUCUCCAUCAUCGACACACGUCCCUGCCACAGGCACAGUGCCCUCACACUCCACAGUGCCGUGGACACCUACCACAAGAGGAACCACCCAAGCCCCUCACACUGUGAGCACAGCCAAAACCUCCACCUCCCUGGUGUCACACCCCUCCGCACCUGCCCACUCUGGCACCACAUUUGCUCCACGCACCACCAUCCUCCCCAAGACCACCAGUCCGCCCACAGGAACAUCAUUCCGGACCACCACCACCUUCCCAACCGCAUCUCCAUCCAAGACCACUCAAUCCACUCACGUUCCAAACUCUGCCACCUCCUCUGUCACUCCCACUUCUCACAGAGUGAUCACCCCAACACAACCAGAGACCCACUCUCCUUCCAUCUCUACUGCAAGGCCAACAGGCUCCUCUCCAUCAUCGACACACGUCCCUGCCACAGGCACACUGCCCUCACCCUCCACAGUGCCAUGGACACCUACCACAAGAGGAACCACCCAAGCCCCUCACUCUGUCAGCACAGCCAAAACCUCCACCUCCCUGGUGUCACACCCUUCCGCACCUGCCCACUCUGGCACCACAUCUGCUCCACGCACCACCAUCUCCCCCAAGACCACCAGUCCGCCCACAGGAACAUCAUUCCGGACCACCACCACCUUCCCAACCGCAUCUCCAUCCAAGACCACUCAAUCCACUCACGUUCCAAACUCUGCCACCUCCUCUGUCACUCCCACUUCUCACACAGUGAUCACCCCAACACAACCAGAGACCCACUCUCCUUCCAUCUCUACUGCAAGGCCAACAGGCUCCUCUCCAUCAUCGACACACGUCCCUGCCACAGGCACACUGCCCUCACCCUCCACUGUGCCAUGGACACCUACCACAAGAGGAACCACCCAAGCCCCUCACUCUGUCAGCACAGCCAAAACCUCCACCUCCCUGGUGUCACACCCCUCCGCACCUGCCCACUCUGGGACCACAUCUGCUCCACGCACCACCAUCUCCCCCAUGACCACCAGUCCGCCCACAGGAACAUCAUUCCGGACCACCACCACCUUCCCAACCGCAUCUCCAUCCAAGACCACUCAAUCCACUCACGUUCCAAACUCUGCCACCUCCUCUGUCACUCCCACUUCUCACAGAGUGAUCACCCCAACACAACCCGAGACCAUUUCUACUGCAAGGCCAACAGGCUCUUCUCCAUCAUCGACACACUUCCCUGCCACAGGAACACUGCCCUCACCUUCCACCCCGUCGGGGACUCCCAGCACAAGAGGAACCACCAAAGCCCCUCACUCUGUCAGUACAGCCAAAACCUCCACCUCCCUGGUGUCACACCCCUCCGCACCUGCCCACUCUGGGACCACAUCUGCUCCACGCACCACCAUCCUCCCCAAGACCACCAGUCCGCCCACAGGAACAUCAUUCCGGACCACCACCACCUUCCCAACCGCAUCUCCAUCCAAGACCACUCAAUCCACUCACGUUCCAAACUCUGCCACCUUCUCUGUCACUCCCACUUCUCACAGAGUGAUCACCCCAACACAACCAGAGACCCACUCUCCUUCCAUCUCUACUGCAAGGCCAACAGGCUCCUCUCCAUCAUCGACACACGUCCCUGCCACAGGCACAGUGCCCUCACACUCCACAGUGCCGUGGACACCUACCACAAGAGGAACCACCCAAGCCCCUCACACUGUUCCCUGUCCACCACCUCCCACAUUACAGGUCCGCCCACAGGAACAUCAUUCCGGACCACCACCACCUUCCCAACCAGUGAUCACCCCAACACAACCAGAGACCCACUCUCCUUCCAUCUCUACUGCAAGGCCAACAGGCUCCUCUCCAUCAUCGACACAUGUCCCUGCCACAGGCACAGUGCCCUCACACUCCACGGUGCCGUGGACACCUACCACAAGAGGAACCACCCAAGCCCCUCACUCUGUCAGUCCGCCUACAGGAACAUCAUUCCGGACCACCACCACCUUCCCAACCGCAUCUCUAUCCAAGACCACUCAAUCCACUCACGUUCCAAACUCUGCCACCUCCUCUGUCACUCCCACUUCUCACAGAGUGAUCACCCCAACACAACCAGAGACCCACUCUCCUUCCAUCUCUACUGCAAGGCCAACAGGCACCUCUCCAUCAUCGACACACGUCCCUGCCACAGGCACACUGCCCUCACCCUCCACAGUGCCAUGGACACCUACCACAAGAGGAACCACCCAAGCCCCUCACACUGUCAGCACAGCCAAAACCUCCACCUCCCUGGUGUCACACCCCUCCGCACCUGCCCACUCUGGGACCACACCUGCUCCACGCACCACCAUCUCCCCCAAGACCACCAUGAUCACCCCAACACAACCCGAGACCCACUCUCCUUCCAUCUCUACUGCAAGGCCAACAGGCUCCUCUCCAUCAUCGACACACGUCCCUGCCACAGGCACAGUGCCCUCACCCUCAACAGUGCCAUGGACACCUACUACAAGAGGAACCACCCAAGCCCCUCACUCUGUUCUGAGCCCAGCAAACCAGACACACCUACGCCCGCAGAGGUCUGCCGAGUGCGGGAGCUGGAGGAGGAGGUCACUUACCAGGGGUGCACAGCCAACGUGACAGUGACCCGCUGCGAGGGUGUCUGCGCCUCCUCAGCCAGUUUCAACGCCUACACCAACCAAGUGGACACCCUCUGCAGCUGCUGCCACCCCCUUGGCUCCUACGAGAAGCAGCUGGUACUGCCCUGUCCAGACCCCGGGGAACCAGGCAAGCAGCUGGUGCUCACGCUGCAGGUGUUCAAACGCUGCGCGUGUGGCCCCUGGCACUGCAGAGACCAAGGGCAGCCUCCCUGGUGA